CCGGUGUUGGUCAAUUCAUGUGGUCUCAAGCACCAGCAUGAGUGGUUUCUCUAAGAUCCUGCCAUCCGUGCAAAAGUUCCGAGCUGCGAUCUACCGGAAAAAGCGCGGCAGGGAUAGAUCCCAGCGCGACACCCCAGCAUCCUCGUCCACCCUGGGUCUAGAUAAUGCCCUCUCUUCUCCUUCCUCCUUGUGUGAUCUCCCGGUCGAGAUUCAAAUCACGAUCUUCGCCCACUGCGGAACCGCCGACUAUCUUCCGCUGAAACUUGUUUGUAAGGCCUUCAACCACACUGUCACCUCGAACGAACAUGAAAUUGUCCGACAAUACCUUCGUCAUCGUCGCCAUGGUACCCUUCCAUCGCCCAUCGACGACGAACGGAUCUAUACCGGAAACCCGGAGGAUGACGCGGUCCUUCUGUCGGACCUCUUCCCGCCCUCCAAAAGUGCCAGAGGCGGGCACCUCUACACUUUCAGAUAUCUUUAUGGAUUGCACCAGAGGCAGAAGCUAUGCUCGAGGCUUUGCUUUUACCUCGCAGAUCGGGUGAUGGAUCGAUUCGUGCAGACAGAGCCCAUCUUUUUGAGAACUUCCUUUCCGUCGAAGAGGGCCGAACGGUCAGCGCUGGUCAAACGUGGUAAAGUCAGUAUAUGGUUUCAUCUGGCACCAUCAAUGUACUACACUUUAUACUUCCUCGAGUCGUAUGCGUCCGCGAGGCGCGAACAAACGAAUGUACUCCUGCGGGAAUACGAAGCCGGGCGUCUCGCGGUCCCAAUCUCACUAGAGGCUCGCCAGCGAAUGUAUCGAGAUCUGCAAACCCGCAUUCUCCAAAAUCCCCCUUUCACCAAUACCGCGGCACUACUUGCCACACAUCACUGUAUGCAUCUGCUGGUGAUAUACAUACGGUACACGAUGGCCCCCGAGGCAGAGAUAGAUGAUUCUUGGAUCAGCUCCCUCCUCACAGUGUCGCCAUUCGCGCGCAUUGUCGAGUUCUUCUCCGCAGAAAUCGGAGAUGGAGGCAACCAGCGGUUGCAGCGCAAGGACUUCAUGUACAACUUCCACGCGGACAUGAGGAUGCAUGAGCGCGAUCACAUGAAUUCUACGAUCUUUGGUCAGGCAUCUAAUCAAAGUAUACAUAGCUCGGUGCGCGAUCUCUGGUUUGAUGCGGCAAAGGCAGAACUGGAACUUAGACAGGCGCUUCCUCAUGAUCAAGAAAUUGCCUGGUGCUGGAACGGCAUCCCGAUCUUGUUUGGAUGCGGGAAUUGCCAGCGUAUAGACGGGUGGCAAGCAUGA